GACGGGGAGUGGUCUGAAGGGCCGCCAGCUUGUUGGGAGGCCGUGCACUUCAUCGCCGCGUUCAGCCUCGUCGCAUUGCUCGACGCGGUUGCCUUCGUGGUCUACUAUAGGUGCUUCGUGAUGCAGAGGCCAGCGCCCUUGAGCGAGGAGUCUAUGCUGCCCCAGGACUACCUGGGCCAAUGGAACUCCGACCUGAUCGGCGGGUGCACCAUGGAGCCUCAGGGAGCGCUGCUGGCGACGGCCUGCUUUUGCUGUCGCAUCGGGGAGACUUGGCAACAGGCUGGCUUUAUGGCCUUCCAGUAUGCGGCUCUCAUCCCGCACUUCUUCUUCUGUUGCCUGCCUUGCAUUGGAACCUACUUCCGGGGGCUCAUGCGGCAGCGCUUCAGCAUCAGGAGACACACCACCACGCUGGACUGCUUCGCAUGGACGGUGCUACCGUGCUGUGCCUCUGUGCAAGAGGCAAAGAUGGUGGAUGCCAUGUGCGUUGUGGCCAUGGAGGAAGCCCGCGCCAAGGAAGCUGCGGACAAGCGCAAGGCUGACGCGGAUGCCCAGCGAAUCAUAGAAGCUGUUUCCAGCAAGAAGCCUACAGCCUUCCGGUAUGGCCUGUCCACCAACACCGGCGCGCUGCGGAAGCCCAAGGGUGCGCUGGAGAUGGUGAGCCAGGCCUAGUGACGCCUCACUCGGAGCUCCGUGGGUUGGUGCUGGUUGUGAUAUUAGGGAUC